UAGAAAUCAACGAUAGAUUAAGAUAUCAUUUUUUCGAUAGAAUGAAUUAAAAUUAAUGGUCAAUUUGCCAAAGUAAAGUUGGCUAUAAUUGACUCGCACUCCAUUCCAUUCUCCUUGUGUUAGUUAAACAAGAGGAUUCAAUCGUUAAGACCUUGAGUUAGUUAAACUUAAACAAGAGCUUAAUGUAUAUCCCAUCUCUAUUCACCUAAUUUAAAUAGCCCCUUGGUUGGUUUAUAGUCCCUCCAUCUUUCAUUUUAUCUAUCUUAUAAAUACAACCAAACUUUCUUCUAAGCCUAAAAUCUCCCUCCCUCCCUCCUUCCCUCUAAAAAUACAAGAAAAACGCCCUUGAGUCUCAAGAGAAAGAAAUGGAAGUAAGAGUUGGUGAGGUAAGGAGAGUGAUUUUGGGAAGUGGGACAAACGUGAGGAGAAGCAACAAAACGAAGAAGAUGAGAAGAAAAAGCAUUGCCUGUGUAGCAGUGCUUACAAGAGCAGCAGAGAGUGGAGCAACAGAAGAAACAAGAAAACCAAACACUGUUUAUGCAGACAACUGGUUUGAGAAAAUAGCCAUCCACCAUGUAUCUCAGGCAGUACAAGCAACCUCAGGUUGGAGAAGCAAGAAGAGUGGAUAUGAAAGCUUGGUGGAAGUGGCAACAAUGGCGUCAAGAAACUACAAUCAGAUCAAACAAAGAGAGGUUAUCAUUCAGGCGCUUGGAAGAGCAUUUCCAGCUCCAAUCCUCUCUUUGAUAAGAACAUUGCUACCUCAAUCCAAAUUCGCAAGGGAAUAUUUUGCUGCAUUCACCACUGUCUUCUUUGCUUGGUUAGUUGGACCCUGCGAGGUGAAGGAAUCAGACUUCAAAGGAAAAAGAGAAAAAAAUGUGGUUCAAAUCCACAAGUGCAGGUUCCUAGAGCAAACUAACUGUGCUGGAAUGUGCAUUAAUCUAUGCAAGUUUCCAUGUCAGGAUUUCAUCAAGGAUUCUUUAGGAAUGCCAGUCAGCAUGGUCCCCAAUUUUGAUGACAUGAGCUGUGAGAUGAUAUUUGGAAAGGAUCCACCGGCUGCAGUCGAUGAUCCAGCGCUUAAGCAACCAUGUUACAAACUAUGUAUUAACCUUACACGAGUCUUCUUCUUCUUUUCUUAUUAUUACCCUUUACUUCUUUACCUGCAAGUGGAGAGAAGUCGUAUGUUAUAAUUCACUGGGCAAGGUAGCAGGACUACAGCGAAUCCAAACAAGAUGUUUAGGGGGAUGGUAAUAUAAGUUAAAAAUGAAUUCUAAUCUUAUUCGUUUACUUUUUGCAGGCAAAACAAAAGAAAAACAUACGACAAACUGCUUCAUUUAGAGCAAAGGGACGCUUGAAGCAAGAUUUUCGGAUUAGAUCCAUUUUAGCUCCCAACUGUUUUUGUUUUCAAUAUUUUCAGGAUUGCAGCAGAAGCUCUUUUCUUCUUCCAAGAUGUACAGAUACUUUUACUGUUUAUGCAUCAGGGCCAAAACAACUUUGCAGGAAUCUGGCUUUCAUGAUUAUUACAAUGGUUCAAAGAUGAAAUCUACAGUACUGUCAGAUAUCAUGAAUACAAUUAAAAGCCGAUGCUGUAAUUACAAUCGAUUAUCCUCAGGUGAGAUGCUAAAAUGAACAAUAUAUUUCAUAGUGCCUUAAUAGAAAGAAAACCAUCCUUUGCUGAGAAACAGCUAAGUGAAACAUUUCCUCAAACAGUUAAUAUUGCUUCAGCAUGUGACUUGUGAGUUUGAUAAAAAAAAUAUAUAUAUAUAUUUAAUUUAAUAUGAAAUAUAAUAUUUUGCCAACUUGAUAUAGUAUCUUAAAUGCACAUUAAUAUUGGUAACCAAUAACUGUCCUCUUUACUAGUUAGCUGUUAUUUCAGCUCUGCAAAAUAUAAACAUUCUGCAGCUGAAGAUUCUAAACCAUGGGUAUUAUUGCUCUAAUGUUCACAAAGGGACGCUCUCUGUCGACUCAAUAAACAUCAUUUUAAGAAUGAUCAGUUAUUUGGCUCUCAUUAGGAAACUCAAUUUUCAGGAUUUGUGAGACUGUCGAUCCUGAUACAACAAAACAUAAUUCAUCACGUUCAUAAUUCAUUUUGAAAACC